AUGAAGGCCCGCCUGGCCUGGGUACAGGAGCAGAUCCUGCUGGCCGAGCAGGAGCACGAGGAUUUCUACGCAAGGUUGGUGGAGGCGGCGUGUUGCCUGGAGGAGGAGCAGCAGCAGGAGGAGAAGCAGCAGGAGGAGAAGCAGCAGGAGCAGGAGCACCAUGACCAGGAGCAGGAGCAGCAGGAGCAGCAGCAGGAGCAGCAGCAGGAGCAGCAGCAGGAGCACGAGCACUAUGACCAGGAGCAGCAGGCAGCAGCAGCAGCAGCAGCAGCAGCAGCAGCAAGAUAUUUAUGUCGGACAUUAUAUGACCACUGUCCUGUGUCUCCUGACGAGUUGCGUCUCUGCAUGGUGCAGUGUAGGCAAGACUUCACGAGACGACACAAACGCCUGAGAGAAGCACUCGCUAAGAGCACUAGAAUAUUUCUCAGCCUGAAGCUACAGGCGUGUGGCAAUCGCCCGUAUCUUGUCUACUCUCCAUCCACGGCACAGGUGACGUAG